UUUAAGAGAAAAACCUUCUAAAAAAAAUUGAAUUUAGUGGUGAAAAAAGACGCAAAAAAUCCCAAAAAUAUCCGCAAAUUGGGAAACUGCAAGCGCACCAAGUGAAAACCAUUGAAAAUACCGCAUACGUGUUACCUGCAGGAGGAACACAGAUUUUUCUGGUAAUGGCUAAUUGUAUGAAAAUCGGUACGGAUCAAAUUAACAAGAAUUCAGAAAAAAUAGCGAGCAUAGAAGCCGAUUCUCCGCCGAGGAAGUUUUUGAAGUAAAAAGCCAACCACAACAGAAAACAACAAAUUUCUUUCAAAUUAGAUGAUAAGACGAUAGAAUAGUGGCACAUACUAUAUGAAAAAUAAGAGAGAAGAGUGAAUCAAAACAAAAUAAGGGAACAACAGAGAAAGUUCAAGUGGACAGUAAUAUGCUUGUUUAUACUUCCCAAUGUUCUUACACGAAAAAAAAUAAUAACAAGGUGAAAAAUAAUCGAGAGAAGAUACCAAUCUUGAGUAAAAGUGAAAAGUUCAAGUGAAAUAAAAACCGUAGAUCAUUAACCAGUAUGUCGACAACGACGUCUCAUGCAGAAUUAAUUGGGCACUCGACGACACAGCAGCCCAGCGCUGCCACGGUAGACGGAGGCCCCAACAUAAUUAUUAUGGAGAACAACAUAAUCAAUUGCGGCGGCGAGCCCAACAAGUACAUCAUCACGUCGCAGCCGUCAUCGCAGCAGCAGCAACAAACCCAACCACAGCACAUAAUCCUUAGUAAUAGCGGAGGCGUCCCGAAAAAGUCCGGCAAAAUCGCUGCGUCGCAAAACAACCGUCACAAAUCGCAAUCGUUGGUUGUGUCGAGCAAGUCGGGUCCGCCGCACCAAAUGAUCAUGACGACAAAUACGGCGCCCAUGGUGCCCCAAUCGCCCAAGGAGCCGCAACGCAUGUACACGGUGCAACAAAAAACCCCCAAAACCACCAUGUACACGACGCAGCAAGUGUACGCCACGAAUGUCGUGUCGUCGUCGUCGCAGCAGCAACAGCAAAAAAUGCAACCGCGAAACGUGCAAGUGGUGAGCAAAAAUGCCAACAACAUGAUCCUCUGUCGAUCGCCAUCCAACAAUCACACGGAACACGCGCAAUUCAUCCAGCAGAUCCACGAAAGCAAUCAGCAGCCGGCAUUCGCGUCAACAGCAAAUAACGCGACCACGACAACGACGACGAUGAAAACCAUCUAUGUCAACAACAACACAGGUGGCCUCAAUUUGAACAAGUCGAGUAACAAUAACAAGAUUUUGACGCCAAUCGAUUACUCGGCCGUCGUGGAGCAACAACAGAAGCAGCAACAGGGAAACAUUGCGAAAUAUGUCACGCAAAAAAUCGUACAAAAUAGCAACAGCACCGCUACGUCGUCCUCGAACGCGGGACCGGAAUUGAUUGACGGUAAUAAAUAUACAUUUAAAGUGCAAAAUAAAUACAUUUCCACUAAUGUUUCGUCAUCUUUGCCCAUCGUAGCGUCAGCGGCGAGCUCCUCCUCCACGACAUCCAAGAAGAAUUUCCCGAACAACUGCACGAUUAGUGUGCCGACAACGACGCAGUACUACUACCAGCCCGCAACCGUUUACACGACAGACCCCAAUAAGGUGUCCUCGUCGACGACAACUACCACCAAAAUUAUCGGAAACGCGAAAAAUGUGCAGCAGCAGCAACAACAACAACCGCAAUACAUUCAGAUACAAAAUCACCGAUUAACGGGCAACAAUGCAAAUUAUGUUACCACUACAAGUAAUCCGGCGCCGAUCCAGAAACAUCGCAACUCGACGUCGUCCAGCAAGUACAUCAUACAAAACGUUCAAUCGAAUGCCAUCCCAGUGUCAUCUGUCACGCAGCAGCAGCAGCAACAGAGUCAAAGUAUUCGUCAGACGACGCCAACAGUCAUUAGUUAUAGCAAUAGCAGCACAACAACUAACAGUAACGAUCAACAACAACAACCCAGUGUCAUACAGUCGCCCCUCAAGAUGCGCACUGUUUUGCAUCCCAUCGAGAGUGGCAUCGAGGAUGGUGCUCGUAUCUAUACCGUGCAUCACGGCAGCACCAGCAACGAGGCACCGGCCGACGAAGUUGAUUCCGCCGCACGGAACAACGAUCAGAACUACAUGAUGGUGAACGGUACAAAAAUGACGGACGAAAUGUCGGCUCGAAUAUUGCACGAUUUGUCGCAACGCAGUAGUAUUAAGUACAAUAGUGGUAAGAGUAAUCAUACAGGAGGACCCAGUGCGAGUAACGGCGACAUUGUGCAACUGUCGCAGGGCAGCGCGAAUGUUUAUGCGACACGACAACCCGAUGGCACCGUCAUUUGGAACGGAACACCACAAACACCGACAUCACAAGAAACGCAAUACGUUCGACGAACGUCCGAGUCGAGCAAUUAUGUUCCCCAGGAAUAUCAGAGGCAGUCGUCGAAUAGUAUAAGUGGUAGUGACUCACACAUCAUUUACCAAUCGUCCGGAAUAAUUGUCGAUCGAGCGCAAGCGGAACAAGAUGAGGAAGUUAUUGGCAUCGAAGUACGUCCCAGUCCGAUUCCCAUCACGCCCGACGGCAAAUUAAGUGUUUUGCAUGCCGUCUACCAAGAUCACACGUAUUGCACGCCAACAACGACGCGGCUCGUUUCCAUGGCGGAACAAACUUUCUCCACAAUGAAUCCGAAUUUGGAUACAAAUACCGUGGCAGCUGCCGCUGUGCUGUCAUCGAUGCCUGGCGCAGCAAAAUUAUUCAAUCGACAGAGCUCGGGAGUUGUGACAUCCGUUCCUUGUGUGCAGCAGCAACAAUCGCAUCAAUUGAUGAUUCCGAUGCAGCAACAGCCGCGAGAUGAUGACGCUAAUUCGACAAUUAGCACGGAAUCGCAUGGCGGACUGUACAUCGAUCAAGGCGAAGAUCCGGGAGAAGAGACAGAAACGGCGCUCGAGGGUGAGGGCGAAGAAGAUUCCGAAACGCGAUGCAUUUGUGAGUUGACUCACGACGAUGGAUACAUGAUUUGUUGUGAUUCGUGCUCUACUUGGCAACAUGUUGAUUGCAUGAAAAUCGAUCGUCAAAACAUCCCAGAGGAAUAUCAGUGUGUGAAUUGUUUCCCGCGCGAAGUAGAUGUCUUGGCAGCUCGCACUUUACAGUUGCAAAAACGCAAGGAGCAAAGUGCAUUGCAGCUUUAUCCAAUGGCUAGCAUCUACGAAGGUGCCCAAAACAAGAUGCAGCCUGGCGCUGGAGGAAAAAAUGACAAAAAGAACAAUUUGUCGCUGAAGCAACAGAAGAAAAAGGAUCUCCUGAGUGGCAAAAAGACGAAAAAAGAUCUAAAGGACCCGAAACACAGCAAACGAAACGAUUCAGCGAAUCGCUCGAACGGCAAACGCAAGGACCCCAAACGUCUUUCAAAGAAAAAGCUCAAGCAGUUAAGUGGCGACCCAAGUUCGCAUUCGACGCCCGACAAAUUGACAUCCACACUCCGCAACUGGAUCGAUAACUACGAAGUGGCGAUGACAAAUCACUAUUCACCCGAAUUACGUGCCCGCCUGCAGUCGUACGGCAAAAAUAUGAAUCCGGCGGAUCUCGCCAACUUGCCGCCCGAACCGAAAAUCCAGUGGAUGGACGUCGAUCAGCCAAUUUGCACGACAGUUCCGCAUGCAGGUGCCAAAAUUCUCAUCUCCACACGAAAUAUCGAUCCGAAUGCCGCGAUAAUUGAAAUUCGUGGCAAGUACAUGUUGGAUACGCAGCAAAACAAAUCAAAUAACGCCAUGCUGAAUGCAACACGGAAACCGUCGUCGGGUCCGUUUCUCUUCUAUCACUCGAUACCGCGCGGAAAUCUCGAUAUUUGCGUAGAUACGAGGACAUACGGGAACGAAGCGCGUUUCAUUCGACGCUCAUGUCGACCAAAUGCUGAAAUUCAACACAAAAUGGAGAAAAAUAGUGUUCAUCUGUACAUCGUGGCUCGCUACAAGAUCAUGGAAGGCGCGGAAAUUACAAUUGCUCACGAUGUCAAUGUCGAUCCGCUUACGAGGACGAAUUCCAUGUCACAUACUUCAACUCUUUGUGCUUGCGGAUUAGUGCGAGAUUGUAAAUUUGCAGCUGCUUUGGCAGCAACACCUCCUCUGAGUAGUCCCCCGCAUCAUUCGGCACCCCCGUUGUUCACGCAGAACGUGAUAAAACGCAAAAAUGGUGUCCACGUUGGUCCGGAUGGCGUCAAAGAAAAGCGAAAGUACAAAAAACGCAAGGAAAAACCUCCAAAAGAUCAAAAGGAGAACCGAAGUCGGGGACGUUCGACAUCCUCAAGUACGGACAGUCACGCUGGAAUGCUUUCGCCACCCUUGAAGAACUACGAUAUGCAUCCAGAUUUCAUUCGAUCGCAAAUGAUCCCGCAAUCUCACCUACAAAUCUUGCCGAAUCACAUAACAGAACCCCUGGUUGACGGUGUUCGAUCAAUAACGCCCGUCAUGCAACAACAUCACGAAGUUUUCUACGAAAGUGCCGGACUACUAAAGCAACAACUCGAUGCGCCGCAUCACGAACCCUCGAUCGACGUACAUCACGUGCACCAACAUCAACAUAUUCUCCCGAAAUCUCCUCCGGCGAUCAUCAGUGACGUCAUUCAAGUUGUCAAGGAAGUGCCUGUGCAUGUUCCCGAGCCACGAGCAAUCACCCCAGUUCAGUUGGCGCCAAUUGUGACGACGCCACAGCAGCAACAAGCAACAAUUCUUCAUAGUCCGGUGCCGCAACUCGUCAACAAUGUCGUUCCCGUGCAGCAAAAUAACGCAAAUAAACCGGAAAUUAUCCAAAAAUCCCCACCAACAACGCCGCAAAAGCCCCAGAAACGCAGCAGCAAGUCGCAACGCAACAGCAUGCACGAAAAUACAAACUCCGUGAAGGAAGAGGCUUCUUCAUCAACGGUCCCGAACACUCCAACGAAAGAUGAUGCAGGUCAUAAUGACAAAUCCGCCGCUACAUCUCACGAGAAAAAGAAACUCACGCGAGAGGAAAGGAAAUUGGAGGCUUAUAUCAAGGCCUUUGAGAAAAUCGAGAAGAAGGAACAGCGGAAACAAGAGCAAAAAACCCACAAAAUCACGCCGAAGAAGAAUCGCAGUCUCAAUUCGUCGUCGUCGUCGGCGCAAAAGAACAGCAUGAUGAGUGCCAAUAAGCGUCGCAUGAUGAACCAAAAGCGUAAAAAACGCAAAUCCAAAAGCCAAUCGGGCAAAAAGGGUGACCAUCAUUCCGAUUCGUCAGACGCCAGUUCGUGCGACGAAAAAAUCACGAAACCAGCUGUCAGUGCAUUAAAUUUCAACUCGUCAUACAACAACUCCCGUUCAGCCAUGAGUAGUGCAGAGCUGUUGUUGUCUUAUUCAAAGUUGAAAAAUGAAGCGCCGACAAACCUUUCGGGCAUCCCGCCACUGAUAAGUCCCGCUUGCAUGUUGGUCGAAGCAGCUGUGGGCGAUUUAGAGCCCGCCAAUGCCGUCGAAAGCAGCUUCAAAUUUCCGCACAAAACGAAAACGAAGAAGGGAAUGAUGAACGAAUGGCUCAACAACAGCGAAAAUGACUUGGAAUUGUCGGUGCCGAACAACAUUCGGUAUGGCGACGAAGAACCGUUGUCACUGGUGAAGAACGAAUAUGACGUGAAAUGUCUCAAAAGUCUCACAACUCCGCCACAGGCCUCGUCACCGCAAGCCGAGUCAUGUAGUUUCGCGGGAUCCGAAAGUGCUGUGAAGAAACGAUGGUUGCGCCAAGCAAUUUCUGAGGAAACCAACGACGAGAGUGGCAAUUCGCAACAAAAUGAGUUCACAACGCCGCUCAAAAAGCGCAGAGUUGUCAUUGAACAGCAAGCGGAAGAGGCGUCACCAAGUUCGAGCAAUGAUGUAAGUGCUUCGACGAAAAUCGAAAAGGACGAGGCAAGUCAGGAAUCGUUGAGUGAACAUGUUAAAGAAGAGGAAGUCGAGGAAAAUUCGGUUAAAAAGGAAGAACAGGAGACAAAAUCGAAUCUUUUGACGUUGGAAGAUGUAAAAGUAGAGGAUUCAGUCGACGAAUCGUUAAAAAAGGAAGAAAUUUCCGUCGAAACUUUGACAAACAGCAUCAAAGUUGAAGAACCGGAGGACGAAAAAAGUUCAAAUUCGGAUGAAAUGGCGCAUUUGCAUAAAGUUGUCGCUUCAUUCCACAGCGAGAGUCUUUUAAUGUUGCAAUCGCGCAAUAAAAAGACUUCUGGAACGGCUUCUUUGCCAGAAACGCCGAAAAAGGAGUCAAAACAAGGAUCUCCCGUCAUGAGUGACGAAAACGCAUCGAAAUCCGUGUCGCCCGAUACCACGAUGCAAGAGCCCACGAGCACUGUCGAGUCGCCCGAUGCCAAAAAUGUCGUCUCUUCAACGAGUAUUCUUGCACAAACGUUAAGUGGCAACGCUCCAACCACUCCCGUCGCCGAAACAAUUCCCUUUGGCAGCAGUCGGUACCUCAACAACAUCCAACGGUCCGAAGUUCCGUCAAUUCUCGCUACGGCGCCGCCCGUUAUCGAAGAGUACACGCCAACAGCCGAUUAUCGCACAAGUUUUACGUACCGUCCGAUGAUGACGAAUCUCACAAUGAGCGAAUAUGGCAACGAAUCACAUCCGCAAGAUCCCUACAUUCCGAGUUACAACAAGGCGACGUUAAUUGCAGCCACGACGCCAACUGGAGCAACGUUAACGGGGCAAUUUGCGCCGGCAUUUAGCAGCACGUAUGCUUCGGGUACGAACGAUGUUUCGGGCAGCAAUACCGCAUUUUUGGGAAAAUCGUAUUCUACGUUGAACGAUACGGCAACCGGACCCGCAUAUUAUGGGCAGAAGAUCUUCACGAAGACCGCAAGUCAUGAUCCACGUUUGAAUCCGAGUUUGGUGACGACGCCGGAGGAAGUGAAGCCCGCGCAACCGCCACAACCGAAGAAGAAGUUAUCAUUAACGGAAUACCGCAAAAGAAAAGCCCAAUCAACGGAUAGCGCAUCAAAUGAUGGCGAAAACAGCUCUGGCGUGAACAACAUAAGUACAACGGACGACCUUAACACCUCAAAAGUUGAUGAAGAUUUUCCGAACAAGAAAAAAUUCACUCCGAACGCAAGUCCCACGCGAAAUAGUCUCGACGAAGAUACAACUCGUAGUGGAAAUGUAACACCAACACCAUGCAACAACAUAGACGACACAACGGAAAACGACAACCUGCCAAGUAGCUCAACGAGCGGCAAUAACUCGCCAACGCGAUCCGCCGACGAUGAAUUAACCGAAAAAGUAGCAAGCAAAAUGACAAGUAACGCAAAUGAUACAGGAAAUAGUCCCACACAAACCACUGAAAAUGAAGAAGAAGUCACUGUUGCCGUCGCCGAGCCAAUUUCGGCGGAAACGAAUAACGACAAUGCAGUAACGCAGGACGUUGAUGAAGAUAAAAAAUAGAGAUAUUUAGAAAUUUAAAACUUGUAUUAUAGAGUACAUAACAAACACACACACAAAAAAAGGAAAAAAAAUCCUUUUUUAUUUCUAAGAAAAGAGAAUUAAAAAAAAAACAAAACUCGCGUUGUAAAUAAUUAAUGAUCAUUCGUAAGAAGUAGUAAUUUAUUAUCGUUCUGUAAAAAGCUGUAUUUAAUCAAAAAAAAUAUUAAUAUUAAAAAAGCUAUGCCUGCAAAAAAAAUUUUUUUUUAAAGCGAUAAUGUUUGAAUGGAAAUCUUCUACAUAAAUUACUUCUUACUUUUAC